AUGACUGAAAUCACCACGGGCAGAGACGUAUCUCUUGAGAAUCAUACUCUCGCUCAUGACGAACCAAAUGGCUACGAGUCAGCCGUCUCACAACGACACGAAAUCUAUUCAGACUUGGGCGAGUUUAAUACAAGCCAAAUCUCAAUGGGUGCUAUAGCAGCUUCGUGUGCCAUCUUCCUUGACAGCUACGCCAUUCGAUUCUCGAUCCCCAUCCCCCUCUCCUUACAAUGUAUCCAACUGAGCUUGGUUCCUCUCAUGAAUCAGCCUGCUACACCUGGUUUUGCGAAGGAAUGGGUCAAGUCUGGGUCAAUUGCUCGUCUACACGAUCGAGAUGAUGCAGAUAUUUGGAAGGGUUGGCGGCGACGAGUUUACCAGUUCGCUCCGUUAUUCAUGGUCGCCAAUUCAUCUUUAUACGUCUUUUAUCUUGCACUGCGAAUCUACUGCAUCAUAAUGGCGCAGAGAGCCGAUGACAUGAUAUUCAUUGCAGCGUGGAUAUUUGUUGCAAUCGAGCUUUGCGUCGCGGUUCCUUCCCUUUUGCAAAACGGCUGGACCGUUUUAGCAUUGAAAAAAAGGGGCCGAGCGAAACUCCGUUUGGUUGGAAAUGAAGUGCCAACAGUAGAUGUUUUCGUGACAUGCUGUGGAGAGGAAGAUGAACUUGUUCUCGAUACUGUCCGUGGAGCUUGUAACCAGGAUUUUCCGGCUCGGCAAUUUCGGGUCAUUGUGCUUGAUGAUGGAAAAUCCGCCAAACUCAAAACAAGUGUUGAGCAACUGGCAUUGACGACUUAUCCGAACCUAUAUUAUGUCGCUCGGGAGAAAAUACCUGGAAAGCCCCAUCAUUUCAAAGCCGGAAAUUUGAAUAAUGGUCUUGAAUAUACAGACAAGCUGCCCGGAGGACCUGGGGAAUUUAUGGCUGCGUUGGAUGCAGAUAUGAUUCCAGAGCCUGACUGGCUUCGUGCUAUCUUACCUCACCUCCUCGUCGAUUCCAAGAUGGCGCUCGCAUGUCCUCCCCAGUUAUUUUACAACGUUCCUGCCAGCGAUCCCCUGGCACAAAGCUUAGACUUCUUUGUUCACGUUAUCGAGCCGAUCAAAGAUGCUCUUGGUGUCGCCUGGUGUACAGGAUCUGGAUAUAUUGUCCGUCGCCAAGCGUUGGAAGAUAUCGGCAGGUUUCCCCUUGGUUCACUUGCUGAAGAUGUCGCGACUUCUACCCUUAUGCUUGGAAAGGGGUGGAAAACAGCAUAUAUUCAUGAACAGCUACAGUUUGGCACUAUUCCAGAGGAUUAUGGUGGCCAUCUCAAGCAACGUACUCGAUGGGCUAUUGGUACAGUUGAUACUGCGUUCAAACUCAAGUUCUGCGUCUAUGGUGAUGCCGUUCGCCAAAUGACUUUUGCACAGCGCUUUUCCGGCUUUCUCUACGCUGUUUUGAGUCUUUACACACUUGUAUUAACAAUUUCAUUGUUCGCUGUUCCUGUGAUUCUUCUAUGGGGUAAGCAGCUCGUUGCUUAUGCGACCGAGCAGGAGCUCCGCUGGCUGAUCUGGGCUUGCUUCGCGUCGACGGUAGCGAACCGACUCUGCGAAUUCACCCUAUACACUCCAUCCGGCUACCAUACAGGUCAAAGAGGAUCUCGAUUCCAAUUGUGGAUGUCGCCUUAUAUUGCACUAUGCAUUGUUCGUUCUUUUGUCCUUCCUAGUUGGCUAGGCGGUCAAGCCCAGGCAUUCAAGCCGACAGGCUCUCUUGGAUCUACAUUAAACGAACGGGAUCCGGCUACACGAAAGAAUAUGUUUAUGCGGCUAAGGGUGAUCCUUCUCAACUAUCUGGCGCUAUUCCAUUUUCUGUUUGUGUACACAACCCUUUGUGCCGUGGCUCUUUCCACCUACCGUUGCUUUGCAUCCGAGAUUGAGAUGGGAUUCAAAGCCGUCGUAAAAUGCCUUAUCACACACGCAUUUUGGCCGCCCUCGGUAUUCCUAUUUAUUUGCACAUCUUUGUGGACGCCGAUUUCUUAUGCCAUUGACCCUCCGUGCAUGCCAGACCGCGAAGAAUUGCUAGAUCGUGAUUCAAAGAGUCAGAUUGCACAUCCGACCCAGAAAAGCAAGGAGAUUGCGUUCGGCGGCCAGGCUGCAUGGUUCGAGUUUGAACACACUGUUUCUACUAUCGCUACGAUAUUGGUGUUUUGUUUUUCAUUUUAUAUAUAA